AUGGGCACCAGCCUGGCCCGGGAGAGACGCACUGGACACGUCACGUCGGCUGACCUGGUGGUCACAGAUCGGGCCGCCCUGCCCAGCCUGCCCCCGGCACGCCCCCCGCCCCCUGGCAUCUUUUACGGGAUGGGGUGCCAGCACCCUCCCUUGGCCUCUGCCAUGUCUGCGGCCGGGCCCGUGGCCGUGCUGGCCUCCCACAAGGAGUCCCCAAGCCGGUGGGGCCUGGGGGAGGACUCCACAGGCGUGGGGCCGCCCCUGCAGUGCCGCGUAUGCGGGGACAGCAGCAGUGGGAAGCACUACGGCGUCUACGCCUGCAACGGCUGCAGCGGCUUCUUCAAGAGGAGUGUGAGGAGGCGGCUCAUCUACAGGUGCCAGGUGGGGGCAGGUAGGUGCCCCGUGGACAAGGCCCACAGGAACCAGUGCCAGGCCUGCCGGCUCAAGAAGUGCCUACAGGCGGGCAUGAACCAGGACGCUGUACAGAACGAGCGCCAGCCCAGGAGCACAGCCCAGGUCCGGCGGGAAGACAUGGAGCUGGCGUCCCCAGUGCCCCUGCCCACCCUGGCACGGCCCAGCCCCUUGGGCCCCCCUCCACCGGGCCCUGGGCCCCCCACACCCCCCGGCCACCACUUCCUGGCCGGCCUCAUCACCGCGGAAACCAGCGCCAAGCUGGAGCCGGAGGACGCGGACGAGAACGUUGACGUGACCGGCAGUGACCCUGAGGGGCCUGCCUCCCCGCGCCCGGUGCCCGGGGGCCUGGACGGUGCCCAGGAGCUGGCUGCCCGCCUGCUCUUCAGGGCCAUCAGGUGGGCACGCAGUCUGCCCGUCUUCUCCGGACUGCCCUUCCGGGACCAGGUGAUCCUGCUGGAGGAGGCCUGGAGUGAGCUCUUCCUGCUGGGAGCCAUCCAGUGGGCGCUGCCCCUGGACAGCUGUGCCCUGCUGGGCCUGCACGAGGGGGCGGCCGGGGGUGUCCCGGGCCGGCUGGGCGCAGACGCCCGGCUCCUGCGAGACACGGUGCCCCGCUUCCGCGCGCUGGCCGUGGACCCCACGGAGUUCGCCUGCAUGAAGGCGCUGGUGCUCUUCAGGCCAGAAACACCGGGCCUGAGGGACCCCGAGCACGUGGAGGCCUUGCAGGACCAGUCCCAGGUGAUGCUCUGUCAGCACAGCAAGGCCCAGCACCCGGGGCAGCCUGUGAGGUUUGGCCGGCUGCUGCUGCUGCUCUCGGCUCUGCGGCUGCUGCCCCCCGACCGUGUGGAGCAGCUCUUCUUCCGUGAGACCCUGGGGAGCACGCCCAUGGAGAAGCUGCUGUGCGACAUGUUCAGGGGCUGA